AUGUUUAUAGGUUUACACGAUCAAUUGAAAAACAGUUUGGAUGGAUUCAGUAAGACAUUGGAAGAUUUCAAAGGACAAUUAGGUACAAAAUUGGCUUCUGUCGAUAAGAAUAUUCGAAAUUUAGACAAAAAGUUUAACAAACAAUUUGAUCAAUUAUCGCACAAAAUCGAUGAUAUUUAUGAGCGUGCUGCAACAUUGGCGAUAAUAAAUCGUCUUCGUGCUGAUCAUGAAUUAGAUAUACGGCAUUUACCAAGUAGUCUUAUGGACAGAAGAAUACCAACCUAUCUUGGUAUCUCUUCAACCUCAACAAAUCCAAUUUGA